CAUAAACAAUGCGGGGCCCAGGAGCUUAUGUAACUCAUUUGUGUGUUGUUGGUUCAUCUGCUGAAUAUAGAGCACAGAUCAGUUCUAUCUCCACCCCGACAUUCCUUUCAGCCAAAAGAGGCUUCCUUUGGUUUGACAGUGUUUUUGAGGCUUACUUGUUGCGUGGCCUACCUCGACUGUAAAACAGAGUAAUAAUCGUCCUUAACUCACAGAGAUGCAGAAAUAACUGAGACCGCACAGAAGGCACUUUGCCUGUGCCACGCUUCCGAAGCAUCGAACCCAGGAAGGGGAAACAGCCAGCUUUGUUGCUUCCUUUCAUUGUCUGUCCUACGCUCCCUGCUGACAUCUUCAACGCACCCCAUCGGAGGUCCAGAAAAAAGGCGCAGGUAGCUUCACCUCCUUAUUGGAAUUUCUUCCGUCCGGCCUCUUCCGGUUAGUGAGGGAAGGAUCGUAUUUCACAGGACAUCGGCGAUUUCACUAAUGGUUCAGCUGCCCCAACUUUUCCAACCCAAAGCUGGUGAGCGCUGGUGCGUUCUCCAUGGCGGAUGACAGUCUCUGGGUGCCAGAGGUUUGAGGUUGUAGUCGGAACGCCCUAAGCUUCGCAAAGCCAAGAGGUCAGGACUACAACUCCCAGAGUCCCGCGCUCCAGGGCGCGCGCGUGCGCCAUAGUGGCGGGGGGCGGAGGCGGAGGUGUCCGCCUCUGUAGGUUCAGAGUAGGGUUCUGUUGGCGCGUUUGUGACUCUGGUUUCUCAGGUCCUUCCAGCACUUGUCGAGGUGCCUGGCGUUUGGCAGCAUCUCGACUUAUGUGCAGGCCAGUCCCUCGAGAGUUAGGCUGUCGGUGAGCGCAGGCUGUGCCUCGGGUCCAGCGUCUUCACGGUCCUUUCCUAGGAACUGACUUGGAGAGGCGUGGAGGGGAAGAGUACGAGGCCUGCGGGUCAUCUGCCGGGCCCACUCCAGAUUUCCAGGAGUCUCCGGAGAAGCUGCCCUCCUGACGUGUGAGGAGACCCGGCCGAGCCCAGGCUGGCUAUGAAGAGCGACGCCUCGACUUCUGCAGCCCCCUUGAAAGGGCUCGGGGGCCCUUUGCGGAGCAGCGAGCCCGCGCGUGCCCUGCCGGCUGUGUCACCCGGGGCGCACCUGCUAGAGGAGGCGGCCGACCUGUUGGUGGUGCAUCUGGACUUCCAAGCCGCACUAGAGACUUGCGAACGGGCUUGGCAGAGCCUGGCCGAGGAGCCCGCAAGUGGCACUGUUGUGGAGGUGAGGUGCUCCCUGUGUGUUGUGGGGAUCCAGGCUCUGGCAGAAAUGGAUCGGUGGAGAGAAGUCCUGCCCUGGGUCCUCCAGUAUUACCAGGUUCCUGAAAAGCUUCCUCCCAAAGUCCUGGAGCUGUGCAUCCUUCUACACAGCAAACUGGAAGAGCCUGGGGCUGUGCUGGCUGUGGCUGAUGCCUGGCUCCAAGACCCAGACAAUCAGGGGCUUCCUGAGUACGGAUCACUGGCAGAACUCCACUUGCUCCGGGUGCUGCUACCCUUGGGCCGCUUGUCAGAGGCCCAGGGGCUAGCGGAGGGCUCUGCAGCUUUCAGCGAGGAGCAGCGGGAAGAAGCGCUGCAGGCCAUCCACACAGCACAGCAACAGCGGACGCAGGAGCACCUGAGGCAGGAGCACCCGAGUUCUCAGGAGCAACAGAAGCUGAGCCAGCAGGGUUCAUUCUCCUGGAAGUUGAUGUCACUGCUGAGGUUGCUUCGCCAGCUUUGGGGCUCUGUGACGAGCUACCUUCUCUCUCAGCCCUUCAAAAAGAGCCUCCUGGCCGCCUUGAUCCUCUGUCUCUUGGUUCUGCGGUUUGACCCAGCAACUCCUUCUUCGCUGCCCCUCCUCUACCAGCUGGUCCAGCUCUUUCGCCGGAUCCAGAAGGCCACACUCUCUCGGCUCUACCCACUCGCCCUCCGUGACUGAGUGGUCCUGCCCCGGCUGCCUUGGCCUCCUGCAGUCCACAGCUACAGAAGCAGAGACGUUGUGUCCGGUGGCUGAGCCCCAGCUGGCUCUGUGGGCCCGGGCCCACAUCGUUCCAGAGAGAGAGACACACACACACACACACACACACACACACACACACACACACACACACACACACACGGAGGCAGGUGAGCUGUGGCUGGCUGCCUGUGAACCCUCCCUUUGGCAUCCCACUGUGAGGGGGCCUCAGAGGGAGUGUGGAAAUAGUGAUGCCCAAGGCCCAGCCACCCAGAGCAGAGGUCUGGCUGCUCAGAACAGUUCUCUUACCUCUUACUGCAACAGCUCCUCAGAAAGGAGGGUUCCAGAGCAGGGAAUGUGUCUUGAAACACUGUUGUCUCGACAAAGGCCGAGGGUGCUUUCCAGGCUGGGUGCUGAGGGAGCUGGGGGUUCACAAACAUCUGGUGGAGUGGCCUUUGGCCUUCGGCUUCUGAGAAACUUACCUCUGAGAAUUGCUCCACUGCGCAGUAUUUGAGUUCCAGUGAAACCAGAGCUGCCUCUUCUCCCAUGCUCCUCCCACAGGCGCCAGAAUUACAAGUCAGUCGACCAUCCCCUCCCGCUGGUCCUCCAGUGGGCAGGAGGCUUCUGCCUGAGGCGGUUUGUUAUUCAGGCAGAAUGUGGCUUCUGACCCACCCAGGUGACCGCUGGGAGCAAAGUGAGCCUGCCUGACCUUAUCUCCGGGGAAUGUGAUCUUUCUUGGUGCCUCUUAGUCUUAGCUCAGUUUUCCAGGAUGCCAGGGGCCAAGCACAGCUCUCGUGGACCCACUGUACCCCACGACCCUUUGACCUGUCCAGCUAGCUCUGGCACACACUGUGGCAGGUCCCUCUCUCUGCCCUGCUGUCCUAGUUGCUGUCUGUGGUUUGUAUAAUGCCCGUGUGGCAUGGGAAGUAGGCCAGUCUCAGAGCUCUGAGAGCUGAAAAUGGAACUGGGUAAUCAGGUGAUCUGGAAGAGCCGAGGGGGCUGGGCCGAGGGGGCUGAUGGGGGCCGAAGGGACAAACCCCAGGGACGAGGCACUGGACUUGUUUCAGCUUUUCUUUUGAUGACCACAAAGGUCUCGAAUGUUUCUGUCUAAAUAAAUGCAGAGCAUUCCGGUCCCGCCAGUAUGGCGGCCCUCAGCCGGCCACCCAUGCCAGAUCUCUGUCAGAGUGGAUGAUGGGAAUGCAGAGAGGGUUUGCUAGCUUUUUGCUGGUUGAUUUUUAGGAACUGUGAGUCAACAGUUUCUCCUUAGAAGAGGAAACUUGACAGACACUUAGAAUUCCAUCUGAAUCCUGAGGACUUGGGAGCCUUGCUAGCCUUUCCCUGUCCGUUUGUGUACGGCUAUUAAAUAGACCCCGGCUCACUGGGAAAGAAAAGGACUCGGGAAGGGUUGGAAUCCCUUGAUGAGGAUUCCUCUCUUGCUUGCUUUUGACUUGGGAGUUUCACUGUUGUUACCCAACUUGGCCCAGAACUCCAGGACUCGAGCGAUGAACUCCACCCACCAGUGGAGUUCUUGAAUAUUUGUGACUCACGCGCUUUUAUGAGAAUGAUUUUGAACUGAGAAUCUGGACAUUCACUGCCCUAGAAAAAGCUCCCUAAUGGCUUCCAUGGCCACGGGAUAGAAAUGCAGAUUCUUCUGAAAGGAAACAGGCCCAGGGUUUGCAGGUUUGGCCGAUAGCGCCUCUGCUGUGCUACCCUGUUCCCUGGGCACUCUGUAUUCUAGCUGCCAGGCCCUCCUCAGGCCUCUGCUGUGGCUUAGCUUUACUGCUGGAGGGUCUUGUAGCAGCAGCUCUGCCCCAGGAGACCCUGGGCUGUUCAGGCUUGCUCAAGGGGCGCCCAACAUCCUUGCCAGCUCUUUCUCUUUCCCAGCCUCCAUCUCAAGCCCCCCCCCCUGCAGUGGUGACUUGGUGGUGGUGGGGUUGUUUACCCCCUCCAGUGCUGGAGCUCUUUGAAGCUGCAGAGCAAGGCUCACAUCCCUGCUCUGCUGUGUGGGUGAGCGUUGGGCAGAGUUCAGCCUUCUCAUCUGUAAGUCAGCCCUCAGCUCCCAGGGACUCGCACAUGCGUAAAGGGGCACUUAGGAAGCUGUUGGCACAUUCUCCUGCCCUGAGGAAGAGUUCUCGUGAGUGGUUGCUGAGCCGAGGCCUAGCUGAGCAUGCGUAAGUGCUCAGAGGGGUGAACAAGUGGGCGAUCGAAGAGGGCGUGUGCUUUUGGCAACGUGUGCGGCCCCCUGCUAUGAAACCCGGAAUGUAUAGGCUUGGUUGUGCCCAGCUUGUCUCUGCUCUCUCCCGAUCCUCUCCGUGGGGCUCUGGUUAUCCUCCCGAACGCUGCGGGGCUGUCUGUACCCAGCCCUAACCACCUGCCAGUCAGGUGAGGAACUUGCAGCCCAAACUGCUGCUGUUACUUUGGCCUUUCCAAGGAUGUAGGCUGGUCCUCAGCUCUGGGCUUAACGAGGUCAGAGUGAAGGGAGGGCCUUCUUGGUAGACCAGUAUGGUAGCCAUCAGCCAGAGGUGGCUUUUGAGCAUGAAAUGUGGCUCAUCUAUGUAGACACAUUCUGUGAUUGUAAAACGUACACACUAGAUGUCAAAGACCAAGUACUAAAACAUAAAAAUAAAACUAAAAUGAAAGAAUGGAAAUACAAAGAUUUUUAUAUUGAUUGAAUGUUGAAAUGAUAGUAUUUUGAAUAUAUUGGGUUAAAUAAAAUCUACUGAAACUAA